AACAUUAAUGCAAAGCACAUAAAAUACUAUUGCAAACCACAUAUGGCCAAUAAGUGUGUUGCUCAUGUUUCUCCUGUACGUGCACCAAAUACAAACAACAUAGGUGCUUCUUCAGUUUAUUAUCAUCCUUCUCUUUCUUCAUCAUCAUCCAAGGGAAUCAUUCUUCAUGAUAUGGAUGCUCUCUCCAUUAGUAAUUCCAAGAGCUCUUUCCAGUUUGAAGAUGGCAGAGCAAGUUCCUAUUCUCCUAAUAUGAUGGGCAAAAAAAGUUGCACUCCAAGAAACAACUUGGAGGGAAAUGGCUUUCAUGACUCUUCUUCUUCAUGUGGACAAUCAAAGAUGUGCUCUAGAGGCCACUGGAGGCCUGCAGAAGAUAAGAAGCUCAGGGAUCUUGUAGCUCUGUAUGGUCCACAAAACUGGAACCUUAUAGCAGAGAAGAUGGAAGCAAGAUCAGGUAAGAGCUGCAGGCUGAGAUGGUUCAACCAGCUGGAUCCAAGGAUAAACAGAGGAGCAUUUAAUGAAGAAGAAGAAGAGAGGCUAAUGGCUGCUCACAGAAUGUAUGGUAACAAGUGGGCUUUAAUAGCCAGGUUCUUUCCUGGAAGAACAGACAAUGCUGUCAAAAACCAUUGGCAUGUUGCCAUGGCCAGGAAGUAUAGAGAACAGUCCAGUGCUUCCAGGAGGGGGAAGCUGAGCCUCACUGCUUUCUGCACCAAAUCAAUGGGAUUUCAAGAAAAGCCAACCAGCACUCUGAAAAAACCAUCUUCACAACCAUUUUAUCAUACUACUAGUAGCAUUUCAAGACAAUCUGCAUUACAUGCACCUGGUUUGUACCCUGUCUCUGUCAUGAGUUCAAAUGAAGUGCAAGAAUCACAGUCAAAGUAUCAUGUGGAAGAAACAUCAACAGCACCUCCAUUUAUAGACUUUCUUGGGGUAGGUGCCACUUGAAAUAACAGUCCCUCAUAUAAGUUAAGCUGGCCUUGGGAACCCUGGUGAAAAUGGUAUGUCUUUUUAGCACAUGGAACAGGUUUACAGUGCAUCUCUUGUCAUUUUCCAAAAUACAUAUUGUAGGAGCAGUUGGCAGAUGACUUCAUUGUUGUUUAACAGUGUUAUGGAACCUCUUGCUAUCCUUUAAUUAGUUGAGGAGAAGCAGUGUUUUCAAAUAGAAAAGGAGUUGAGCCUGAAUCGAGAGAAGUGAGAUCUUUACUUCAAUUUUGUAUUUUCUGGUUGUGUAAUGUUGGAUAGUGCUGUUUCAGUCUU